GUGCUUAAUAUCUGACUCCCAGGGUUUGAAACACGGGUCUGUGUAUCCUUCUCAAGGCCUCCGAACUUGAACAUAACACAGGAAAGGGUAACUCUGCAGACAAUAUGGCUACACUGUAUAAACUGGACAAUGGAAAAAGUUAUGCAACCAACUGCUUUCCUGCCAGAAACAUUUUGCGGACAAGUGAAGAAGGGGCUGGUCACUGGCUGGUGGCUCACAGAGCUGCUCAGAAGACUACAUUUGAAGCAGUGAUCUGUGCAAAAUCUCUUCAAGAGAAAGUACAGACAACUCCACAGUAUGUGUCAGAACUCCAGCACCAUGGAUACACAGAUGAAACUGUUCAAGAGAAUAUCUUAGAUGGGCCAUUUCUGAUUCAGCUCCACUGUGUGAAGAUCCCUUCAGAUCUGUGCUCUGUGGAUAUAAGCAACAAGAAUCUGGUCUCGGCUAAAGAAGAUGACUUUGAGCAGUUUGAUUCUGUCGCGUAUAUCAAUGCUACAGAAAACCUGUUGACAUUAGAAGCAUUUCGUAACUUUUCUGGGCUAAGGGAACUAGAACUUUCCUUGAAUGGAUUAAGAAAUAUUAAAAUCAGCGCUGGAGACUUUCUACACUUGGAAAUAUUGGAUCUUUCUUACAAUAAUUUAUCUCCUGAGGACGUCCGGACAUUGGGAGUUUUGUCUCAACUCAAGGUUCUUCACCUAACAGCCAAUGGACUUAGAUCUCUUCCUUCUGACCUGGCAGACUCAGAGCAGGAUGGCACAAGUUCAAGGUUUCCAUCUUUAGAAGUCUUGUUGCUGGAUGACAAUGACCUUUCUCACCCCAGCGUCUUUGUGAGCCUGGCUAAUCUCCGCAGCCUGAAGCAGUUAAACCUGGACAAGAAUGGGAUUUCAGAGGUGCCCUACCUGCAUCAAAUGGAGAAUUCCCGGUUCUCCCUCCACCCCCGAUCAGCAAAGAUGGACCCCUCUAGACUGGGACAGAAGCAUGAGCAGCUGCUGCAAGGUGCGGCGGGGUUGCAAAGGAAGCUGGUGAUGGAGGAAGAGCCACUGGAGCACAUGGUUUUACAAAACACUCCGGAUCCAGAUGGGACAGAGGAGGCUUAUACGUCUGUCUCUCAAGAACCACCAUUGCUGGAUGUUUUCAUGGAGGGAAAUGAUCGUUCCUGUCGUGCCGACUCUAGGACUCUCCCAGCCAGUUUCAGGAACCCCUCAAGCAAGGAGUUUGUGCUCCCCCUUCCGGAACUGCGCUACCUCAGCCUGGCCAACAACAAGAUCAAAAACGAGGAGGACCUGCUGGCUGUUCCACAGCAACCCCCUCACCACCCUCCGAAGCGGUACAGUACCAGCCUGACCCCCAGGGUAACAUCACACGUCCCAAAGGUUCCAAAGCAGCCUCUGAUGCUAGAAGCUCCUCUGGAGUCCUUCUUUUGGAAACUCUGGUCAGAUACAGAGGGAGGUAAACCCGAGGAGUCUGAGGAAGGAUCAUACAUGUUCAGCCCGUCAGACCCUCUUCCGCCGAUCAGACCUUCCUCAGCUCAGCGGCACCAGGAGCCUUCUGAUGAUGCCAAAACGCUAGGGAGCUGGAGGGAGGUGCUGGAGGAAGACAGCUGCAAUCCCAAGCUUGCUCCUGACAGCUCUGGAGAUGACAUGGGAUUGUUCUUCCUGACUCAGGUGCGUGAGCAUGUCCCGUGUGUCUGCCGAGUGUUAAGCAGCCUCACUUGUGAAUUCGUGAGCGAGCUGGACGAUGCGGACGACAUACCCAACUCUGUGUGGAGACACGAACUGCAGGACAGACAAGGGAAAAGGAAGAACAAGCCCAAGUCACCAGACAGCUGCACGUAUAUUCCAGCAAAAUAUAAAGGUUAUGAAGAAUUGCUCCAUGUGAAAACUGACCCAGAUUUCACUGAGCCAGUGGGCAUGCAGCAAAAUGUCCAGGCUCUGAGGCGUGCUCUGAAACAGCCCCUUGUGUAUCGGGACUCCAAGGCAAGACUGGACAGUGUGCAGAAGCCGUACGUGCCCAGAAAAAAGAAGCUGGGGAAGCCACCUGGCUCUCCAUCUCGAAAGACUAAAGUCGAGGUGCUGGAAGACGUCCUCCUAGCCAUGAGAGGCAACAUGAACAUCACUGAAGUUCCACUAGUGUCUGUUCUGCGCCAGAAGCGAUCCAACCGGAAGGCGUACCAGGAGGCACUCGGGCUGAUGAAGGAAUUCCACAAGCAGUACAAGGCUGCUCUGGCAGCUUCCAGCAAGGGGAUCUGCAAGGAGCGUGGGGCUAUCCCGGAGCUGGGUCAAAGCUUCCCUCAGGAACCUUUUGUGGAACUCAAGGAAAGUAAACAAGUCUCACUGCCUGAGGACACAAAGGAGAACCUGAGCCUCCUGCAUUGCCCGCCGGAGACAAGAUCAUCUCCCAGGAGGAGCAUAGUAACAUUUGCUUUAUAA